UUCGGGUCUCCGCACCAAAGCGGCAGUCGCGAUCGAUGGGGAACAAUACUAAAACCGACGAGCAACAGACACACGGCAGCGGGACUUCUCAAAGACUAUCCGGGACUCCAUGGCUCAGAUGGCGUCGUCCUGUGAUAUUGAUAUCGAUUGCGGUAAUUGUUGGCCUAGGUUUAUUCUCUUUGGGUCUAGUGCCUUGGUGCGUAGUCAAGAGCAAGAGUCGAAAAACACUAACGACGAACCAGAUCUUCACUACCAGAGCAAUUUCAAUUAGUGGAAUUCUUUACGAUAAAGUCAAUAUUAGUGUAACAAGUCAAGUAGAAAUGUUUCAUCGCAUUUCCCUCCACGUCUAUUCUAAACCACCACCACUGGAUGUCUACAGACAUGUCGAUCUAAGAGCAAAAUAUUUCUAUAUAUCUCCAGGGAUAGUUUUUCCUAGAGAAUUUUUUCUCAAUAUUGGCUCUGUCGUCAAUCUAACAUUCUGUGCGGAUGGCCAGACGCGGUUAUUGGUGAUCAAAGGAGAAGGCACAAUUUCUGAUUUUGAUAACAUCAGGUCACCAUUUCAACUGGUCCAUAAUGAAGUAUGUGGACCUGCUGCUUGUCGAUCGGAAUCUGAUGUGUGCAAAAUGAGCUUCGCCAGCAUUGAGUCUGAUCUCUACCAUUUCUGCUUUGAAACAGACGGCGUGGACAGUGUCAAUGUGACUCGUAUUGUCUAUUCUAUUAACUCAUUGCAGUACAACUUGAAUGCAACAGAAGGAAAAAGCUGUGUUCCACUUAAUAUUAAUGAAGAGGAUGGUAAUGCUUGGUGUGAUCUACCGGUUCCCUGGACUGAUUCUGCAGUGGCAAUCGUAGAAAUGGCCGGCAUAGCCCAUCAAAAUCUUAUAUUCGUUAUCAAGACGUAUGUACGCCAGUCAUUCAUCUGGAUUUUUGCUGGAAUUGCCAUCUGUUUAGUCGGCAUUACAUGUACUGUCAUGAUAAUUAUCAUUGUUGCACGGUCGUCUAGAUCUCGAGUGCGUCAGGGCUGCAAUGCAGGAAGUGUACAGCAAAGGGAGGAGACAGAUCCCUUAGUUACUCAAGAUCAAGGUCAGAAUGACGGGAAUAGUUCUACUGACAGUCUUGAAUAAUUAGUAUUCUAGAACACUAGUGUUAUAGUCUAGGUAUACGUAGUAGCGAUCGACGGUCUAGAGGUUUCGUCAGUUGAUUGUCCAGUCUCAUUGCAACUGCUAGCCAUACAUUUUAUAUGUCUAGACAGUUAUUAACAUGUCUCAUUGAUUCAGAAUGAUACGAAGAUAGUAUCUACAUGGUCACAUUACAUAGAGUGUGUUCAC